GUGGGUGAGCAAGCUGCGAGACGGCACGGAGCAGGCGUGGCACCGCACGUGCAUGGCCAUGGCGGGGGGGCGGGGCACUGGCGAGGGGGCGCAGAGUCAGCCGGGGGCCUGCGUGGUGUCUGCAGAAUGCUGAGACCGGGCAGAAAGCUCAGGGACCCACUGCUGGAGCCACUGGCUGGCGCCCAAGAUUAGGCCAGGCCCACAGCUGCGUGAGCGCCCAGGAACGGGCGUCCCCCCUGCACUCACCUGGCCUCAACUUCCUACCCGGCUCCUCAGCCUGCAUCCUGGCCAGCCUCUCCCACCCCAGGAGCCAGCCCUGGAGGCCGCCCUGCCCGGCCCUGCCGCUGCCCAGCCCUUGGGCCUUGCUGGGUGGGACCAAUGUAGACAUGCCAGACGGCCGUGCCCGGGGCCGAGCAUGAGGGCAGGCCAUCCCCAUGUGGGGGACACCCAGGUCAGAACUCUGAGCUGGGGAACAGCUCCGGAACACGGGCCCCCAGGGUGCCACGUCAGGCUGCAGGCCCUGAGCUGUGCAUUUCUGCGCCCAGUUCCACUACGUCUGGCCCCCAGGGGCUCCUCGGCCAGACGCAGGGCGCGGUCGCGCUGGUCUCGGGCAUGGCAGCGUCCCGCGUGUAGUUUAGACUGCACGCCUCGCUCGUCCAGGUGUGGCCGGCCCGCUCCUCUGGGACGCUCCCUUCCCUGGUACGGCAGCUCUCCGGCCCCCCGGGUGGCCUCAUCUCCUCCAUGCCAACACGGGUUUCUGCUCCUGCGCGCUGGGGCCUGGCAGCCCUCGGGCCGCUCGGCAUGGAGUUCUCCCCUCAUCCCGAGAGCCCCUUCCCCUCCUGGGUGAGGGCCCGUCCCUCGGUUCCCGCGGCUCUCCCGGUUCACACCGCGGUACAGCUGGAGCGCGUCCUGCAGGAGCUGCCCGAGGAGAUGCGGUCCGUCCGACAGUCCCUGUUCCCCUCGCACGCUGAGUCGGGCAGCCGCGGGGGCGUUUCUGGGAGAACUACGCCUCUUCGGUUCUCGAAGGCUCUGUUCCUUUGCCUUUUACUUUGCAGCGAUCAGGGCUGGAAAUUCGAGGUCGGCAGGGUCCCCUGCUCUGCACGUCGAUCACUUGUUGUUCUCCCUGGACGCUUCGCGGAUCUGCCGCGUGAGGCUGGAUGCUGGGGGACUUCUUCAGAAACUCCUGCUGGAGGCUGGGUCUCCCAGCCCCACCUUCCUGCUUCCUCCCGCUCCUGCUGUCUGGGAGUCACCGAGUCUCCUCGCCCUUGCCCUGCAGUGGCCACCUCCUCCUCCGCCGGCGUGAAGCACCACCUGGGUGGUUCCAUGUCCCCCGUGCGAGGUGCCGAGUCACUGCCCAUUGGCUGUGUGCACACAGGAGCCCUGGUGGGGGUGACGCUCCAGCACUCCGUGGGGGACCAGGUAUCUGAGCGCAUAGCUCUGCCCCCUGGGCCACGCGCGGGUACUUGGGAGCAGACCUCUGUUCUCCCUCUGGCCUUGGGGCUGGAAGUGCAGGGGGCAGCUCCCCCCUGCAGGGUGUGCACCCCGUUGGCCAUGGACGUCGGCGUCCUCUGGGCUACCGAUGGGCCUCCAUCCGGCCGUGCUGCCCCUCCACCUCCUGUCACUUCCUCUUGUGUCCAUGCUUCAGGGGAGCGAGACGACCCAGCACGCAGCCUGCAGGGCUAACCGCGCGCACCAAAUGUUGGGCUCAGUCCAUGUAACGCACUCCCGUGUCCAAGACGGUGGCAGGAGCCCCGGACCGUGGGGACCCUGGGGCCCAGCUGCACUGCACGGCCCUGGGCCAGCAUCUCCACCCUCUGCUCCUCCCUGCAGCCCUGCGAGGCCAGACCCAUGUGUCCUUCAGUGCCUCAGCCUGGGGGCGCUGGAGGGAGAAAGCGAGGGCCCGCGGGUGGGUCCCAGGGCUAUGCACCCCCGGGGGCCAGUGGGGGCUGGCAGGGCCCAUGACCAAAGCUACCUUUCCGUGGCCAGGUGCCGGGCCUGCAGGUAGGGCUUAGGAAGUGGGUGUGGAGGGCCAGGUGCCGAGGUGUCUUACACCCAAGUGGGCUGGCAGCCUGGCUGGAGGCGUGGAAUGCCAGGAGGUCAGGGAAGAGGGAGCGGAGGCCAGGCCAGGGGGCAGCAGCGGGUGGUGCCAAGGGGCCUUGCAGGUGGCCAGGCGGAGCAGGGCUGAGGACUACAGCCACGCUGGGCCGGCGGCAGGAGAGUGGCCUCCAUGUGGGCACUGUGCCAGCCUCGGAGGCCAAGGCAGAGGUUCCCAUGUCCAUCCCACAGGCCCAGGCCCCCACGGCUACGUGCGUGAGGCCAGCACUGAACGCACCUGCCGACCAGUGGGGCCGGUCUCAGAGGACAGUGCGUGCCUGCUCAUCGAGGGGCGGAUGCGGACGGCCGGGAAGGGGCCGCCUCGUCCCAUGGACUUAGUUCCAGAAAACAAAUCCUGGGAAGGCAGCGAGCCGGGCAGCUGAGCUGAACCACCUGCCCCAGGGGGCCGCAGCUGGACCACCUCCACCCAGGGGGCCGCAGCUGGAGGCUGGCGGGGGCAGGCCGGGCCCUGGGAGAACUCGAGGGCUGCAGCUGCAGAGGGAGGAGGCUGGGUCUUCCUGGGAGAGGGUGUGAGGCUCGCCAGACGCCCUCCCAGGAACUAUAAUGGGGUUCCCGGCCGGCAGACGCGGGGCCUGGUCAGACGACAGUUUGUCACCCCCCGAGAGCAUGCCUGGCAUGGAGCAGGAGGAGCCCAGGCAUGGAGUGAGAGCGAGGCCUCGGAGGGGGUCCCAGCCCUGGAGGGGGAGCCCAGCCUUGGCGGGAGAGCGCAGCCCUGGAAGGGAGCCAGCCUUAGGGGUGGGACAGGGCGCAGAAACCAGCACAGUGGGUAAGAGUAAGACACAGGGCACUUCUGAGAAUCAGCGCCCCCAGGCAGAGGAGGGGUGCCAGGCCAGGACUUUUAAAUGUGAGUCACCGAUGAGCCAGGCAGAGACUCUCCUCUGACUUAAAAAAAAUGGGCGCCAGCCUUGUGUUACGCACUAAAGGCGGUCAAGAGAGCGACGGCCUCGGGAGCGCGCCUUGGUCUGUCACUCAGCCCCACCGUCAGGUUAUUACAGCUCCUCGGGGCGGCUGAGGGCGGUGGGCGCGAUGCUCCAGAAAAGAACAGUCCAUGACGGGGCGGCCAACCGCAGCCACCAAGCAGGGGCACGAUGCUGGGGGGCCACUGGUUCUAUGCAGAGAGGCUGG